CUGUAAACGUGACUUAUGCAAUACAGAGUAAAAUGUAGCUCCAGCGUGAGCUUCAGAGUCAGUAUCAACCAGCUGCAGCGGGUCAUCCUUGUCCUCCACACAGAGGACAAAAUGAAGAAAGACUAUUCUCUGAAGAGGAAGAAGAGUCAAGGAGCCUCUUUUCAGGAAACAUUUGUCCAACAGAGAAAUGGAUCUGUGUCAUCCAGUCCAGAUCAUACUGAUUUGAAUGACAGAAAGAAAUCCUACCCGACCCUUUUUGGAAAAUACAGCCAGAGCCUUCAGACCCUCAAACCCUUCCGCUGGUCCUCAUCUCAGUCCCACCCUCUGGACAAUGCAGGUUUCUUUUCCUUUGCAACCUUUGCCUGGAUGACCCCCAUGAUGUGGGCCUUUUUCAGGAAUAAGCUGGACAUGAGCUCCCUCAACCUGUCACCUUUGGAUGUAUCCGACAGCAGCGGAGAAAGGCUCCACAGACUCUGGGAGGAAGAGGUGGCAAAGUUGGGCCUGGAGAAGGCCUCUGUGACUCGAGUAGUCUUUCGCUUUCAAAGAACCAGGCUGAUUCUGUCCAUCAUUGUUGGUGUCAUUGCCAUGGUGGCAGCGUUUUUGGGCCCGGCUGUUCUGGUCUAUGGGAUCCUGAACUACGCUGUGGAGCCAGAGAAGUCCACUGUAGCCUACGGUGUUGGUCUGUCCAUUGCUUUGUUCGUCUCAGAGGUCUCCAAAGCCUUCAUGAUUUCCUUGCUGUGGGCAUUAAACCUGCGCACUGCAGUCAGACUAAAGGGAGCCUACUCUUCAAUGGCCUUUCAGAAAAUCAUCUCUCUGCGGCUGCACACCGGCAUUUCAAUGGGAGAGAUGAUUGGUGUUUUGACCAACGAUGGCCAGAAAUUAUUUGAAGCAGUAUUGUUUGGGAGCUUCGUGGUGUCCUGCCCAGUAAUCCUUAUUGUGUGUAUUGUCUAUUCCUGCUACAUUCUGGGCUACACUGCACUAACUGCAGUCAGCGUCUACCUCAUCUUCAUCCCAAUACAGUUAGGCUUGGCCAAGCUCAUUAACACAUACAGAUGGAAAACCAUAUUGAUAACAGACAGCCGUGUUCGCACAAUGAAUGAGAUUCUCAACAGUGUCAAGCUUAUCAAGAUGUACGCCUGGGAAGAUUCUUUUGAAAAGAAGAUCGCAGACUUCCGGAAAAAUGAGAGGAAAGAACUGCAGAAGGUCAAUUAUGUCCAGAACGCCAAUUCCAGCAUCACCAGCAUCAUCCCCGUCAUUGCCACCGUUCUCACCUUCAUUGUACACACUCUGUUGGGCUUGAAGCUCAGCACAUCGGAAGCCUUCACCACCAUCGCCAUCUUCAACGCCUUGAGGUUCUGCUUGGUGCUUAUGCCCCAGUGUGCAAAGGUCCUGGCUGAGGCUGCUGUUUCACUCAAACGACUCAGGAAAAUAUUGGUGAUCCAGAAUCCAGAGCCCUACCUGAUCCAGAGAAAAGACAGGGACUCAGCGAUUGUGUUGAAAAAUGCUACACUUUCUUGGACCAGACCAACCAUGCAGACAGACUCCCCACUAAUCUCAGCCAAUGGGGAGAAGGGACAAAAAGUGGAGAAGAUGUGCCAGAAUGGGAGGACUGAAACCUUACCAACCCUGAGAAACAUCUCCUUCACUCUGCCUAAGGGCAACCUGCUUGGCAUCUGUGGGAACGUUGGGAGUGGAAAGACGUCACUGAUUUCCAGCAUUUUGGAACAGAUGCACCUUCUGCAGGGCUCCAUCACCGUUGAUGGGACAUUUGCCUACGUUUCCCAGCAGGCCUGGAUAUUUCAUGGGACUGUUCAAGAAAACAUCCUGAUGGGGGAACCUUUCGAUCAGUCCAAAUACAACAAAGUUGUGGAUGUCAGCAGCCUCAGAGCUGACCUGGAUAUUCUCCCAUACGGUGAUCAAACUGAGAUCGGAGAACGAGGCCUGAAUCUGUCAGGGGGGCAGAAGCAAAGAAUCAGCCUAGCCAGAGCUGUCUACUCCAAUAGGGACAUCUUCCUCCUUGACGAUCCGUUAUCUGCUGUCGAUGCCCAUGUGGGGAAACACAUCUUUGAGGAAUGCAUUAAGAAGGAGCUCCAAGGGAAAUCCGUCAUACUGAUUACACACCAGCUCCAGUAUCUGGAGUUCUGUGAUGACGUUAUGCUUUUGGAUGAUGGCGAGGUGCAGGAGGCUGGACACCACAAGGCCCUGAUGAAAGCCAAUGGCCGCUACGCUAAACUCAUCAGCAACUACCAGAUGGAACAGUCCAAGACUGAGGAGGAGGAGGAGGAUGAGCUGUCUCCCCAAGACGCUGCCCAGCCGAAGGACAUUAAGCCAAGAGAAAGCCCCGACAGGGGCUUAGUGAACCCAGCAUUUGACAUGUCGGAUGAAAAGGAUGAUGAAAUGACAUCUGACCAAAGAUCUUCUCUCGGGGAUCAGCUGGUCAGUCAGGAGUCCAGCACAGAAGGUUCCAUCUCCUGGAGAGGGCCCUCAAAACCCCCAAAAACGGGUGGAGGGUUCACCGUGGAGCGGCUGCAGGAAUACAUCACGGGUUGUAAGUCUGAGGCCCCCAGGCAAAUAAAGGAGGCCCAAGUCCCAGAGGACUGGCCGAAGAGUGGAACCAUCACCUUCCAGGACUAUUCGAUGAGGUACAGGGAGAAUACACCCAUUGUCCUGAACAGACUUAAUUUCUCCAUCCGAGCUGGAGAGAAGCUGGGCAUUGUGGGAAGGACAGGCUCUGGGAAGUCCUCUCUCGGCGUGGCUCUGUUCAGGCUUGUGGAGCCAGCAGCAGGAACCAUCUUGAUCGAUGGCGUGGACAUCACGGCCAUUGGACUACAGGAUCUGCGCAGCAAAUUGUCCAUCAUCCCCCAGGAUCCUGUGCUAUUCAGUGGCACAGUCAGGUACAACUUAGACCCCUUCAAUAACUUCAAUGAUGAGGAGAUCUGGGCGGCGCUGGAGAAGACCUACAUGAAGGACUCAAUCUCCAGACUGGAGGGGAAACUACAGGCAACGGUGCUGGAGAAUGGAGAGAACUUCUCUGUAGGAGAGAGACAACUCAUGUGUAUGGCUAGAGCACUACUCCGCAACUCCAAGAUCAUUCUCUUGGAUGAGGCUACAGCUUCCAUCGAUGCAGAGACAGACGCCUUGAUCCAGAACACCAUCCAAGACGUCUUCAAGGACUGCACCAUGCUCACCAUCGCCCAUCGUAUCAACACUGUGCUCCACGCAGAUCGUAUUCUGGUCAUGGAGAAUGGCGAGGUGGCAGAAUUUGAUGAUCCAGAUGUGUUGAAGCAAAGACCAGACUCACUGUUCUCUUCACUCCUCAUGGCUGCCAACACUGUGAACACCUGAGCUACAGAGGCCCAGUGGCAUUACUACACAUUAACAACAUAACAUAAUAAUAUUCACGCAUUCAACCAUAUCUUCAUCCAUCCUGUAAUAUUGUCAUCUGGACUUUGGUUAUAUCCGGUGUGACUAAACUGCAGAGAAGGGGUCCAACGUUCAUGGAGAAAAACACACAAAUGUUCGCCUUACAAACUGUGUAGAUUUGGAUUUAUUUAUGUCCAUUGAUUGAUGAAACAAAUGCCUGGACAAUGUAUUUCAUAUUUUAUUACAGCGGAAUUGAAUGUAUAUUUAAAACAUUUUAUUUAUUGAUGUUCUUUGACUUUGUAACACACUUUGCAAAGCUUAUGUGUGAAGUCUGCUGGGUGAAUAAUAUAAUACUUAUACGAUAGCACUGAGACAAAACACAACAGGAAUUUCACAAAAUGGCAAAAGAGACAAGACAAAGAUGUUUGGUAAGACUGAAACCCAAAACUUGGUUCAUUGUAACCGAUGAUUCCUCCUCAUUGAAUGGAUAGUAAAACGUGAUGGGACAAUUUAUUGUUUUUGUGAACUAUCAUGUCUUUUAAAAUGUUUUAUUUUUUUCGUUAAAUGUUUUUUGACUCAUCAUAUUGUAUAAGAAUAAAAUAGAAUAUAUACUGUC